UCUAUGAAACUUCCUGGAAGCUGCAUGGAGUGCUAUUUAUAACGGACCAUGUCUUACACCCGAACUCAUCAGAUAGAUAGCACGAUCCUCAACGGUGUUUUGUGAUUAAAAAAACGACCAAGAUUGUGGCAAAACAAGAUGGCUUCCCUGCAUGAACCAUGGCUAGUGGAGAACGGGUUGAAGGGAUCUAGCAAGGAGAUUCGCCAUGGCAGGACUGCACACAACAUGUCGUCUUCGUCAUUGCGGAAAAAAUCGGACCUGACGCUAGUUUCCAAGGUUCGGUAUGCAAUGCUUAGGCAGUUCCUCGCCAAUCUUCAAGAGGUCAUAUUAGGGACCAAGCUCUCCGUUCUCUUCCCUGCAAUUCCAUUGGCCAUUGUUGCUGAGUGUUAUGGAUUUGGAAGACCCUGGGUGUUUGCAUUAAGUUUACUUGGACUUACACCAUUGGCUGAACGAGUCAGCUUUCUCACCGAGCAAAUUGCUUAUUACACUGGUCCAACAGUGGGAGGGCUGUUGAAUGCAACAUGCGGGAAUGCAACCGAGCUGAUCAUAGCAAUUUUCGCACUAAGCCAACAUAAAAUAGAUGUGGUCAAGUAUUCCCUUCUGGGUUCAGUCCUAUCGAACCUGCUUUUGGUUCUUGGAACCUCUCUCUUCUGUGGCGGUAUUGCCAACAUCGCAAGGGAACAAAAAUACGAUAGGAGACAAGCGGAUGUGAACUCUCUCCUUCUUUUCCUUGGAUUAUUGUGCCAUUCGCUGCCAUUGUUGUUCCGUAUGAGUGGAGCAUCCGCUGCUCUCACAGCCGACCCAACGCUACAGUUGUCAAGAGCAAGCAGCAUUGUCAUGUUGAUUGCAUACGUAUCAUACAUAGUCUUCCAACUAUUCACUCACAGGCAGUUGUUUGAAGCUCCAGAGGAAGCAGAAGGCGACGAUGAUGGAAUAUCAGAAGAAGAGCCAGUAAUUGGAUUUUGGAGUGGGUUUAUAUGGCUAGUUGGAAUGACUGUUGUCAUUUCUCUCCUCUCUGAAUAUGUUGUAGAAACUAUUGAGGAUGCCUCGGAUACUUGGGGAAUUUCUGUAAGUUUCAUCAGCAUUAUUCUGCUACCCAUUGUUGGAAAUGCAGCAGAACAUGCAGGAGCUAUCAUUUUUGCUUUUAAAAAUAAGCUGGAUAUUUCUUUAGGUGUUGCAUUAGGGUCUGCAACUCAGAUUUCCAUGUUUGUGGUCCCACUCUGCGUCCUUGUCUCUUGGAUUAUGGGCAUUAACAUGGAUCUUAAUUUCAAUCUCCUUGAAACUGGCUCUCUCGCUCUAUCCAUUAUUGCUGUUGCCUUCACUUUACAGGAUGGCACUUCUCACUACAUGAAAGGCCUGGUUCUUCUACUGCUCUACAUUGUUAUUGGAGCUUGCUUUUUUGUAUCCAAAACACCUCUAAACCAAGUAAACAUCACAAACUCGGGAGCUAAACUUGCUAUUGACACAAUCUUCAGAGCUUGAUAAGCUUUGCCGUCUCGGGGGAUGUCGUUACUCCACCCCCCCCCCCCCCCCUUUUGAUGAUGAAAUGUUUGAAACUUGAUCAGAGAUUUCAUGCAUUUGUUAUUCUUUCAUAUCUGGGGCCUGGCGGAAAGCUGACAAUUUGCAGCUACUAGGCCGCAUACAAGUUGUCAUGCCUUCAAAGUUGAGAUGGAUACUAUCUAUAAGUAUACCGUUGAAGCUGAAGAAGACAGGCUAUACAAUACACAGCACAUUGUUCUGUCUGUGUCUACAUCUCUCUUAGGUGUGUUUCUCAGUUAUGCCCGUAAUUAAGUAGUGGCAGCAAAUGAGCUACACAUUUGGUGGUUUGUUUCCCUCUUGUACUGCAGCUAUCAAAAUAAAAUGAAAUCGUUGUUGUUCUUUAUUUGCCAA